AAUGUUUAUGUGAUUGAAUUGUUUUAAAAUCCGACUUUUCUGCUCUUCUUCUCCAGAAGAGAACGACAGAAAUUACAGACACGAUUAAAACAAUAACUCCAAUUGCAGCAGCGACUGCUGCGUAUAUUGUGGUGUUCGAAGAACUGGAUUUUGCUUCAUUUACUAUGUGUAGUAGAUUUGUAGUCGGUUGUGUCGUUGUUUCACGAGUUAUUGCUGACGUUGAAUGAAUGGAAUUUGUAGCACUAGAAAUUUGUAUUGUGUGUAUUGUGUGUAUUUGUGACGUGAAUUCACGGUUCGUGACCAUAGCCUUUGUAGAACCACGAGGCAAGACAGUCAAUGAAGGUGUUGAACGAAUCGUUGAAGAAAAAGCGUCAUUAGUGCGAGCAGUCGUUGUUCUGGACAUACCUGUUGUUGCUCUUGUAGCCUUUCUGGAUGACGCAGGCAUAGUUGUGGUGGGCAGUUGUGUGAAGACUUCAAUAGUGUUGGGACGUAAAACAAUCGUGCUCACUGAUAUAGAUCGCGUUGCAAUCGACACAGACGAAGAAGCGGUGGUAGGCAAUUGUGUGAUACCUUCUGACAAUAAAAUAGGUAUUGAUGUUGAACUGGAUCGCGUUGAAAGUGAGGCAGACAUAGUAGUUGUGGUAGGCAGUUGCGUACUGGCUUCAGCAGUGGUUGGUUGUGAUGCAGUUGUUGGUACUUACGUAGUAGCUUGUGUAGUGCUUGAUUCAGACUUAGAAACUGUAGUAAACACUAACUGUGUGCUGCCUUCAGCAGUAGGAGGCGAUACAACAGUCGUUGCUACUGAUGUCGAUUGCGUUGUGAUUGAGGCAGACGUGGUGGGACUUCUGGUUGUGGAACGAUCCCUAGUGGCUGCAACAGCGGUAGAUGUUUGCACUGAAGAUACUAGAAAGCAGCAAGAUUGCUCUAUACUUUACAAUACAGUGUGGGAUUUUGGAAAAAUGCUUACAUAUAGUGAUCUCACUUCCCGUUACCUAGAGUUGUAA